CCUUAUCAUUCUUUAUACACAAUGCAGAUUUGACCACAGAGCCUUUCGUUGGAUGAUGACUAUGGCAUUCGCAAUUGAGGAAAUUAACCGUAACACAAGUCUGUUACCAGGUGUUAAACUUGGCUACCGGUUAGUGGACAGCUGUGAUCAAAUCCACACCAGCCUGCAAGCUCUGCUCUCUUUAAUCACUCACACUAAGAAUGGGAUGAGUGAGGAUGAGAAAAGUUAUAGGGUAGGAAACAACACAACAGGGUCCUCCUGUCUCGCUGGUGCUCAUGUGCAUGCUCUGAUCGGCCUGGCUUCCUCCUCUCCCACCAGAGCCGUGGCUCAAAUUCUUGGCCCUUUCUCACUCCCACUGGAUGACUACAGUCAAUAUGGUAUUCAGGAAUUCUCCAGUCAGUUUAGACAGCAUGGAGGCUGUGUAGCCUUUCAGGUGAUCAUCCCCAAAUCACCCAAUGCAGCUGAAAUACAAGAAAUGGCAGAACGGUUCCAGACUUCAACUGCACAGGUUGUAGUUGUCUUCGCUACAGAGGGACAACUGCUGGAUCUGCUCUUAGAGCUUGCUCAGAGAAACGUGUCACAUAUCCAGUGGGUAGCUAGUGAAGCCUGGGUUACUGCUAGUUUGCUCACUUCCCCUCGCUUCCACACCCUGCUGGAAGGCACACUGGGCUUCUCCUUUCCUGGAGUCAGAAUCCCUGGCUUGAAAGAGUUCCUUUUUAAUGUUCGCCCUUCUCCUGCACCUGAAAUGGAGUUUGUCAACAUGUUUUGGGAAGAUCUAUUUGGCUGUAGGCUUGAGUUCAGAGAAGUCACUACAUCCCAAGAUAAGAAUUCGGAUACUUUAAAUGAGAUAGUGAAAUUAAAGGUUGGCUCACAAAAUAGUUCUACAUUCCAAUACACACCUAAUGAAAAAGAUGCUGCAGAAAAACCUAUAUGCACAGGUUUAGAGGACCUGACAUCGACUGAUAGCAGUUACACUGAUGUAGCCAAGGUCAGAGUAUCCUAUAAUGUGUACAAAGCUGUGUAUGCUAUUGCUCAUGCUCUGCAUACUUUGCUGAACUGUGAUUCUGAUGGAAGCAAUACAAGUGUGUGUGAAAAACAUAAACCGUUUGCUUCUAGGCAGUUGCUGGAUCACUUGAAGGCAGUUAAUUACACCAACCAGUUUGAUGAGAAGGUGUAUUUUGAUUCAAAUGGUGAGCCAGUGCCUCUUUAUGAGAUAAUCAACUGGCAGAAGGACAGCGAGGGUCACAUGAGAUUCAUCAAAGUGGGAAGCUAUGAUGCCUCUGCUUCAUCACAGCAGCAGCUAAAAAUGGAGCUUAGCGCCAUUGUAUGGACAGUGGGACGGUCACAGGUGCCUGUUUCUGUGUGCAGUGCUCCAUGCCCCCCUGGCAGCAGGCAGGCCAGACGACCCAGAGAGCCUCGGUGCUGCUUUGACUGUGUGCCCUGUGCUGACGGAGAGAUCAGCAACCAGACCGGUUCCACUGAGUGUACAAAAUGUCCUGAGUACCACUGGUCAGACAGAGACAGGAUGAUGUGUGUUGCUGGGGUUGAAGACUUCCUGCGUUUUUCUGACAUCAUGGGCAUUGUCUUGGUGGUCCUGUCUCUGCUGGGGGUCACCCUGACGGCCGUUAUCACAGCUGUCUUUUACCAUUUCCACUCUACGCCUAUUGUCAGGGCCAACAACUUAGAAAUCAGCUUCUUGCUUCUCCUGUCACUCAAACUUUGCUUCUUGUGCCCUCUGCUGUUCAUCGGCAAGCCAUCUGUGUGGACAUGCAGGCCGCGCCAGGCAGCUUUUGGCCUUAGUUUUGUGCUUUGUCUGUCCUGCCUCCUCGUUAAAACUGUUGUAGUUCUCCUGGCUUUCCGGAUCAAUGUGUCUGGUUCCAGGGCUCUGAGACUCUUUGGACCAUCUCAACAGAGAGCCCUAAUCCUCUGCACCACAGCUCCUCAGGUUUGUCUUUGUGCUGGUUGGCUGUUAGGUUCACCUCCCUUCCUAUUUAGGAACCCAACCUACCAAGCUGUAACUGGAAAAAUUGUUUUGGAAUGUCAAGAGUCGUGGCCUCCUGGAUUCUACCUGGUCCUGGGUUACAUUGGCAUACUGGCCUUCACCUGCCUUCUCCUGGCUUUCAUUGGCCGGAAACUUCCUGACGCUUUCAAUGAAGCAAAGCUAAUUACCUUCAGCAUGUUGAUCUUCUGCAGUGUAUGGAUAUCCUUCAUCCCAGCUCAUGUCAGCUCUCCUGGGAAGUUCACAGUGGCUGUGGAAAUUUUUGCUAUGUUAGCUUCCAGCUUUGGACUGUUAUUGUGUAUUUUUGUGCCAAAAUGUUACAUAAUUUUUAUGAAACCUGAAAAGAAUAUUAAAAAAGGCAUGACUGGAAAAUAUUGA